AUUUGGGGACACGCAGUGCCCAAUGAAUGAGCGGCUACUCUGACGAUGCUGCCGAGCGCUGCCGGUCGACACGCCCCCAGCAAGGAUACAACCAGCAGGAACAGGCGCUCAGGAGACACACUCACUAUGCUGGAGAGUGUUUGAAGCCGCGAUGGGAGUUAACACAUCCAAGUUUCUAGAGUUCCUGUUACCAGCGUCGUUGCACUAAACAAAGACUUUGGGUUUCUUGUUUUUCUUCUCUCUCUCUCUCUCUCUCUCUCUCUCUCUCCCUCCCUCUCUCUCUCUCUGUCCCUCUCUCUAUCUGAGGGGGCUUGUCUGCAUUUUUUUUUUUGUCCGAGGCGUUUCUCUCACAGGAUGUUGAUGAUAUUGGAAAGCCGGGUAAGAUCCUAAAGUCACUUCUCUCUGAUGAGAACGACCUCCUCCUCCUCCUCUUCCUCACCACCACGACCACCACACAAAGGGAACCACGGAACAAGUACUUUUUUUUCCCCACACGCCAUCAUUUUAUUUUAUUUUUAUUUUUGAAUGUCAUUAAGAAGCAGAGGGGGCUGUUUCAAAGACAAAAUGGAUCACUUUGCAGCAGAGUGCCUUGUUUCAAUGUCCAGUCGUGCAAUUGUUCACGCUCCUAAAGGGAAUAGGGAGAUUAAACCAGAAAUCCCGUCCUCCUCCAAGAACGGAGAGGAAAUCAAAGAGCCUCUGGUGAAAGACAACUCCUCUCUUUUUGUGGUGGCGCGGAUUCUGGCGGAUUUUAACCAGCAGACUCCCAACAAUGUUGCCGAGCAGGCAAAAAUAAAGGAUGAGAGCAUGCCGAACCUCACAGAUGAUGGAAACUCUGCCACACCUACCACCAUCUCCGAUCCUUCGCUCAAACAAAGAGGCAAAAGAUCGAGAGGUCGAACUGAGCAAGAAUCACCUCAGAAAAAGCACAAAUGCCACUAUUCAGGUUGUGAAAAAGUUUAUGGCAAAUCAUCCCACCUCAAAGCGCAUCUAAGGACACAUACAGGAGAACGGCCUUUCCCAUGUACCUGGCCAGACUGCAGUAAGAAGUUCGCUCGCUCCGAUGAGCUGGCCCGCCAUUACCGCACCCACACGGGGGAGAAGAAGUUUGGGUGCCCGCUUUGUGACAAGCGCUUCAUGCGCAGCGACCACCUGAUGAAGCACGCCCGGCGCCACUCAGAUUUCCAGCCCGGCAUGCUGAAGAGGCCUCACGGCAGCAGCGGCAGCAGCGGCAACACAACACGUCCCAGCUCCCUCAGCGACUACAGCCGCUCAGAUGCCUCCAGCCCCACCCUCAGCCCCACCCUCAGCCCAGCCAACUCGCCUUAAACUGAAACCCAGUCGCACUUUCCGCCUCCGACCUGUGAGGCCUGUGUUUUUGUCAUAACACUUGUGUUGCACAGUUGUCAGCAACCCCCCUUUGCUAUUCCUGCGCUUGCUGUGGUGUACCAUACUGUACAUAACUGCUUAUUGUAGUGCAAUUACUUGUGUGAUCCUAAAAGAAGGUAAUGCCUUUCCCAGAUGGCAAUAUUUACAUUCUGUACCAUAUGUCUGUAUUUUUUUAGCUUCUGAUGAUGGCUAGUUGUCCAAUGUACGUUCGCAGUCAGCUAAACAAGGUUUGGAAGAAAAAGAAAAGACACCCUGACAAGUCUUAUCAAAAAAUUCUUUUUUUUUUUUGUUUGUUUGUUUUUCUUUAUUUUUCUGAACAGGUGAGGAGAAGGGGUACACACACACCUCAGGAUUGAAGACAGUUGCUAUUUCUGUAAUACCACAGUACUUAACAGUACUCACAUUGACUGCACAAUAUACUCAUCACUUUACUCUGAAAUUCAACAGGGGUUGAAUUUUACGCCCUGCUCAGGGAUGGCCUUGUUAGCUUGAAAGAAUGAACACGGUGAAGAGAAACAUACAGUACAUAUAUAGCAGCCUUACACUCAACACAAUUUGCACUCUUUGUUUUUUGUUGGUUUUCACACUCGAGGAAACUAGCCCUACGGUCACACGGUCAAUCGUACACAAAACUCCGGUUCUGUUCUCCCUUGUGUUCUGGGGAUUCAUAUGUAAUGUAAAUGCUGUGUGUUAUGAAAUCGGUCCCCAAACCCUCGCCUCAGUAAACAAAAUACAUCUGUUCCUCCACUGCAAUGUUAAUAUUCAGUUGCCAUUACACUGGGUUAAAUAUGUACUUCAUUAAACAGCAGUGUGCAGUAUAUACUGUGUAAAUCUGCACUGUGGGAGGAUCGGGAUUAUAUUGGGUGAACAGUUUUUAUAAAUAUACUCAGUUGAAGAAACUUUAGAACCUUUAAAUAGAGACAGUUAAGUUUCAAAGCAGCUGUUCAUGCUUCUUUUUUAAAAAUAAAAAGUGCUGUAUCAUCAGCCAGUAUUUCACACAAAGUGGACACAAAGGGACUUUAGUUGAAACAAUGUUUAUCCAUCUCGCAAGCACAUAGGAAAAAGUACCAAAGACAAGAGUGAAAGAAAGCUUUCUACUCAGUCUUGUAAGCCGCCCUUCAUUGAGGCCUGGGGCUGGUGGUUGGCAGUAUCACAGGUAGAGCCAGACAGCCCGCUCACUUCCCUCCUCCUGCCUCUGCCUUUUGUGGCCUCCCUGGAGGAAACAGCUGCAUCCCACAAGAAGCUAUUCACAGCCCGCAGGAGGAGGAGUGCGAACAUGCCAUUCCCGGGGAGUCCUCCCUCGCUCUUCUGGCUCUACCUGUCCCGUCAGAGAGCGGUGAUGAUCCGAAACCUGCCAAAUUGCAUAAGGUCACCUAACUUUGGGAGUCAAACGUAGGCCAGAGUGUGGGGCAGAGCGUUUGGGCUGGGCUGCAACAUGGUGGAGCACAGAGUGAACAAAGCAGCUAUCUGCAAAAGACAGGCAAGAGGGGGCAGGUCCUGAUAAAAGAGGAGAGGUUUAUCAUGAGCUGAGCAGCACAGAGGAGGAGACACCCAGCCGCAGACACCCCCCCCCCCCACCCCUCAUCUCCUCCUCCUCCUUCUCCUCCUUCCCCCAACUCCCUUCCUCCCUCCAACUGUAGGAACUGUGAGCGGAAAAAUGGCUGUAAUUAGUGGUUUGAUCCAACCUGUAGGAUAAGAGUAGAAAGAGAAGUGUAUGAACAACAGUACUACCUAGACAAUGCUGGCAGUGUGGGUGGGAUGUACCCAACUCCAUCCUAAGCACAGGGAGAAAUCCACUACUCCAUGCCGGAGAGUCAGAUUUCACAAUGCCAAGGAAAACGUCGCUCCAAAUUCUCACCAAAUGAACCCAAGCGCUCAAAACAGCUGCUUUCAAACUUCUCUCUCACAACAAGGGGGGCUUUUAAACUGUUGUAAAAACAUCUGAACCAAAACGAACAUAUCAGCAAAGUGCAGUGCUCACCAGCCUCACGUUGUCCUGCCUGUGAAGCUCAGAUGUCCCGUGAGAAAGCUGACUUGUGUUUUCUAGACAGACAUGCCUCAAUAAGUCAGGCAAAAGGCACAGUAAACCUUCCAUGGAAACGGGCACCACUAUCAAAACUGCUGCAGCCCCGCCAGUCUGUGUUAUGCCUACAUUUUCUUUUAAUGCUCCAGCGCUAUGGUUGGAAAUAGUUUCAACCGUGUAGUGCGGUCCUGUCAGAUCCCUCCGGACCGUUGUCAUCAUGAAUUGCAUGUGCUAGCUUCAUCUUACCAACAAGUCGUCGGACUCUCUCACCCUGCAGUCCCGUGCUUCACACUAUGUGCAUGUUAACAACUUGGGCCCGAGAGCGUAGAGGGGUUUUCGAGGCGGUCUGGCAGGUGUAAGUUCAUGAAUGGCAGGCCUUGUCCCCCCUCACACACCCCCACUCCCAGCCCCCCACCCCCCGGUCUCUGCAGCAGCCAUCUCUCUUUAAAGUUGUGAAUAAUCAGCUCUGUCACAUCCUCCAGAAAGAAAACAUCGCUUAUUUAGAUCGAAUGCAGUAGUUUCCUCAAAAACACCACAUGUUAAAAAAAAACAAAAAAAAAAACAACCCUCUGUGAGAUGUAAAGUAAGUUUCCCGGCUGCAAGAUGACACUUUGAAUGCCACUGAUAAGCAGCUCUCAGUGGAAGAAGCACUGAGAGGGUUUUACCAUUUCUGAAAAAAAUAAAACUUUGAUUUUCAAGAAACAAGUUCUUCAAAUUGCUGUUGAGCAGCUUUUUGUGGUAUCUAUUCUAUCCAUGGCUUUUUUUUAAAUUAUUAUAGUCAAUUUUUGACUUGGUUUGUAGUGUAACUUUCUCUUGCAGAAAAAAAAAAAAAAAAAUCUGAGUGGCUCACCCUCAAGCAGGUUUCAUGAAUCACUUCUUAACCCAUAAUCUGCACAUUUACCUCAGGGUCGACAUCCGCAAAGCAGAUAUGGGACAGUUUGUGGAUUUUGUUUUAACAUCAGUUUGCUGCACACAAAUGUCUGCCAGCCUCCCACGGUGUUCCUGGGUGCUUAGUGCUCACUGCUGGUCAGUGUCCGACCACACUGGAAACACAGGAACGCCUCUGUACGGGCCCAGCUCCUGCCUAGUAUGUCCUCAUAACAUUCAACAGUCCUGCUAUACGCCUUAGUAAGCACUGGGCACUCUGGACGCUGUUUUCAGUGAAGUGAACUGCCCCUUUAAAGACCCUUGACCAUUAGUGUCGGUGGACUUACUGUACAGUAGGCGACAGGAAGCUCCAACCAUCUGAAAACAAACUGACUGCGACAGUGUAAACAUCCCAGUCUAUCCAUCCAUCCAGACUGCUCCAGUGACAUAUAGGCCUCCACAGGCAGAGUCUCAUAACUUUUAUUCUCACUGUACCAAAUCUACUUGAAUAAUUCAAUACAAAAGGCCAUUGAACACAGUUUUGUACAUGUCCAUUUUUACUGUACUUGCUUUUGUUGUCAAAUAAUUAUUAACCUCUCUGGAGAAAGGUGUAUAAUCUGUUCUUUUGUUUUGUGGUUUUUUUUUUUCUUCUUCUAGAUUUUCCAUUGUCUUCAGGUCAUUUCAGCAGUUCUUUUGAAUUUAUCACAGCAUUAAGGUUGACUGUUUUCGCCGGGCUGUUUAAAGGCACCAUUAUUGCUUAAAAUAACAUCCUUUUAACCCUGUUCAUUGGGGUUCACCCCUUUAAUCAGAAAAACUUAAUACUCUGUUGAUGUCAGGAUGCAGGUUAUUCCAGUCAGCCUGUUAUCCAAAAUUCCUCCAGGUCAGAAAGUGAAAGGAUUGUUUGGGGUCGUGAUAAGAAAAAAGGAACCUUCCUGACCUCUAUGUACGUCGAUUUCUGAUGGAGUGACUUCUUUUCUUUGUUAUUUAGAUUCUUUUGAAAGUUUUCCAUAAGAAUAGAGACCACAGCAUUGUGAGUUAGCAAUGUAGUCAUGAUUUUUAUUAUUGCUUUUUUUUGUCUCAUAUAAAAUGUUAAAGCUUGUAUAUUUUUCAAAAAUCAUACCUCUCGAAAUAUUUGACUUUUGUUGUACCUUCAUAUCUUUUCAAAGCAUCCAUCAUGUAGCUUACGUUUGCUUGAUGAGUAGCACAAAUAACUGGUGGUUUUGUUUGUCCCUACUUGAAUGAAGAAGGAAAGAAAGAGAGACUUUUUUCUGUAAAAAAACAAAAAAAACAAAAACAAAACAAAAACACUGGGCUACAUUUUAUAUAAUCAUCCCAUGUUGUCAGGGUCCUGCACAUCCUUGUAGAUGGAAAAGGUAAUCUUUCCGGGGAAAAUAUGAGAGCAUAUUUUUAUUAUUUUAUGUUACAAAAAUGUUUAAACCAUCCCUUCCCUAUUGAGCUCCACAUAUUUGUCUUGGUUUAAAUAUUUCUCAUGUUAGGGAUGUUGUCAACUGUAAAUUGGUCUGAAACUCUUUUGGCAUUUCAGCAUUUUUUAAUCCAACUUCACGAUUGUAAUCCCAGUCAGAUUACAGAUUUCGACAAGGACUUUAAACAAUGACAAAAUGGAUAUACAAGGUUUCUACAAGAUGCUAACAGCGUACCAGUCGAUAUUUUCUUCUUCUAAUUGUACAAUACAUUAAUGAGAAUUGAUUGUUGCCUAGUAUGUAAAGAACUAACAUUAAUCUUAUUUAAAAAGUUCAUUAUUAAUGACAUGAAUAUAUCACUGAUGAGACCAUCUCAGCUGAAAUCUUUGUGACUGAUCUCAUUGUAAAAGCAUGAUUGAUGCAAUUGUGUGCCAAAACCAUAAUGGUAACUUCAUAAAGACGACACAGAGGUUGAGGAUAAAAAGAUUUAAAAAAAACUAGCUCUUAUCAGACAUUUAACAAACUUGUACAGUUUUAUAAAGUGUGACAUGUUUUUAUGUUAUGUACAGGAUUUAAUGAAGCAACUCUGCAUAUCUGAUAUGCAAGUGUUCUAAGUUAAAUAUUUCUUUUCUGCUUAAUGUAAACAUUUUGAUUGUGUAGCUUUGUUUUUCAUUUAGUUUUUGUUAUUUAAUUUUUUUCUUCCUCUUCCUUUUUUUUUGCUGUACAAUACUCAAGCAAUGUAUAAUGGCUUAUUACAGGUAUUUUUGACAUAAACAAUCUUAAUGAUAAUGAACGCCCAACCAUUCCAAAGGAUUGAAAAUUGCAUUUGCUAUAAAUGUGCUGCUUACAUCGACCCGAUGCAUUUUUGUAGGUAAUGAAUAGAAGUCUGUCUUGACUGUGAGGUUUUACACGUUGUGAGUUGUGCACAAGGUACGUUUCUCAUUGUCAACAUUUCCCAGGUUUAAUCUCUCCUUUAUUCUCUGCGGGGGGUCUUUGUGUCGGCAAAGCCAAUUCCACUGAACACCGUACAUGCAAUAUUUAAAAGUUAAGGACAUACAGAGCAUGUCUUCCCUCAUGACAAUUUUUACAGGCGGGAAUAAUGUUUAAGAGACAGCCAUGAAAGGAUAGAGUGGUUCUUGAGCAGUGAGAUGGAGCUUUUGAGUUUGUGCAUCUCAUCAGCGGCUCCACAGUUACAAGUUGUUACCAAAGGCUUUGAAGGGAAAGAUGAAUGUUGCAGUAAUUUUGAACCCGACCCCAGUCUGGACCCUGGGUUCAACUUUAUAUGCUGUAAGGGUUGAUCAAUGGAUGUUGUGCUUGAUUAUGGACCUUUUUCUAUAUCUCAAUUAAGCAACUAGUUUUUUGUUUUGUUUUGUUUUUUUUUCAUUUUUUUUAAAUAACUUGAAUGAACAAAACCCAUGAAAUCAUACGAGCAAACAAAUUCUGAAUGAGUAAAAUACAGCGGGAACAUGCAGCAUGGCGGAUUAGCAGACCAUAUCUGUCAGCACCCUUCACUGACCGUGUGCUCGUGCUCAACCUGCCAGAACUGACACUGUGUGCAGUUUGCUCUUUACUGAACAAGAGCAUGCUGAAGAAGCAAGUCUUUUACUCAAGUGUUGGAAAUUUUUUGUCCGUAAAGAAUUUGUCUGCUCCAAAUUAUGCUGCACAAAGUGCUGUCAGUGACCUCCCUUUGAUUACAAAGGGCCGUUUGAUUCUGUUUCCUGUACCUGUUUGUCCUCGAUGUACCUCCUCAGUGUAAUGUUGCUCUCUGGAUACCUCUGUGUGUUUCUCCUCUGCCCAUCACCAUCAGUUGCCUGUUGUAGUGACUCCAUGGUGCUGCUCUCCCUCUCGGCACCAAUAAAAUCUAAUCUGUAAAUAACUCUCGACUCAGCUAUGGCCAGUACAUUCUUCAAUGACCUCACUCUAACCUUCAGGUGUCAUUUUGUUUUUUCUCUCAGCAAACCAAAAUCACUACAUUCAAGUAUUACAGUUGUACAGUUCCUUGGAUUCUACACACUUUUAAUGUGCUGGUCUUAGCUGCUCUGCUGUACCUUUUUAUGGCAUUAUUUUUUACAUGUUAGACAAUAUAUUGUGACCAUGUCCUAUGCAAAUAUGAAAAAUAACAGAUUGUUGAAUAAUGUAUGUUGUCAUAACUUGUAUGCAUGAAAUAGUGAAGUUUACAUUUGGAAAUAAAUUCAUAAAAUAAGCAGCUAAAA